AUGACACUCAAAAGAGUCACGAUUACCACUGAUGGUGGUGUCUAUGAUAUCAGGAACCAAGUUGAAUUCGAUCGUUUGUUGAUAGCGCUGGACACAAAGUUCUUGGAGACUGCUGAAACAAAACUGAGGGUGCUUGGGUAUGCCUCGCUAGCUGAUGGAGGAACCUACACGGCCAAAUCUAGCAAUAUUGCUAUAAAUGAAGCACCCACGAGCGUCACGACACACCCGCACGUUGUGGCAGAUUCAGCUACAGUCCAGCAGCCAGCGACGAAUCAGUCAAACAGGGGCCAGGAGAAGCAAACACAUCACAGGAACGAUGAUGAUGCUGAAGCCAACAAGAAAAGGCCAGCUGAGAAAAUAUUCGACAACAACAAUAACAAGGGAAAGAAAAAGAAGCCAAGGCAACCAUCGAAUGACGAUGACACAAGCACUAUCAGCAGUGACAGCGAUGAUGCUGAAGAGAUCAACAACAAUGCUGUUGAGCGCACCAAGAAGACUCAAUUGCGAAAAUGCAAAGAGUUCAUGAACGCCGGAAACAUUCUGUACAAGCUUAGCAAUUGUGCGGAAGCAUUGAAUCUAUACCAAGAGGCUCUUGAGAUUCGCUUGAAGGUUCUUGGUGAUAAUCAUGUUGAUACUGCUCAAUCAUACGAAACUAUCGGACAUGUGUUGAGCAAUCAAAAGAAAAAUGCCGAAGCAUUGAAGAUGCUUCAAGCAGCACUUGAUAUUAGAUUGAAAGCCUUGGGAAAUCGCCAUGCCGACACUGCUACAUCAUAUAAUUCUAUUGGGAUUGUUUUUAACAAUCAAAUGAAAUACGAUGAAGCAUUGAAGAUGUAUCAAGAGUCACUUGAUAUUCGUUUGGAAGUGUUGGGUAAUCGUCAUGUCGGCACUUCUGAAUGCUACAACAAUAUUGGGAUUGUCCUGAACAAGCAAAAAGAACAUGAGAAGGCAAUAACGAUGCAUCAAAAGGCACUUGAUAUUCGUUUAUCAGUCUUCGGAAAUAGUCAUGCUUACACUGCUGAUUCAUACCUUAAUCUCGGGGUUGUUUUUGAUGAUCAACAUAAACAUGAGAAAGCAAUGAAGACUUAUCAAAAGGCACUCGAUAUUCUUUUAGCAGUAUGCGGAAACCGUCAUGCUCGUACUCAUCAUACAUACUCCAAUAUGGGCAGAGCCUUGGAGGAUCAAAAGAAAUACAAAGAAGCAAUGAUGAUGUUUCAGAAGGCAGUUGAUAUUGGAUUGGAAGUCUUUGGCAAUCGUCAUGAAAAUGUUGCCAACACGUAUUGCUAUAUGGCAUGUGUUUUGGAGAAGCAAAUCAAACGCAAGGAAGCAUUGAAGAUGUAUCGUAAGGCUGUUGAUAUUUACGUGGAAGCUCACGGUGAGGAACAUGAAGAUGUUGCCAACACAUAUCGCAACAUGGGCUAUGUUUUGGAGGAUCAAUUGAAAUACAAGGAAGCAUUAAAGAUGUAUCGUAAGGCUGUUGAUAUUUACGUGGAAGUUCACGGCGAGGAACAUGAGCAUGUUGGAAACAUAUAUUACAAUAUGGGCUACAUAUCAACCAAACAAAACCAGCACACAGAGGCCCGUGUCAUGUAUCAACAGGCUCUUGAGAUCUACCUGGAAAUCCACGGCGAGGGCCAUAACGAUGUUGCAGACACACCCAAGCAAAUCGCACAAUCUUUGGAACUCGAAGGUAGGUUAUAG